AUGGAUUUCGAUUUGGAUGGUGUGGUCAAAGCUGUGGCUGUAGGCCUCGUUCUUGUGGCAUUACACCAAGUCUACCACCGCCUCCUGCUACCUCGACCGAUCCGCGAUAUUCCGCACAAUGCGGCGUCUGCCCAGAGGCUACUCGGAGACCUUCCUGAGUUGCAGAAGAUAAUGGCGAGUACACAGGACAUCCAGUCCUGGCUUCUAGAACAGACCCGUCGGCUGAAGUCCCCUCUGAUUCAACUGUUUCUGGACCCGCUGGGUAAGCCAAUUGUGGUCCUUAGUGAUCCACGAGAGGCCCUUGACCUACUGCUCUAUCGCAGUCGAGACUUCGACCGUACACCCAUGGUGCAGGACGUUUUCUCCGGCCUGUCCCCCACUCACCAUAUCACCAUGAGCACUGGACCCGAGUGGAAGAGACACCGUAAUCUGGUGAAGCAUCUGGUGAUAACGCCGUUCCUUCAGGACAUUGCUGCGCCUGCGAUCCACGCGUCUGUCGUGCGCCUGGUCGAACUGUGGAGUAUCAAGGGGCGGGUGUCCCGAGCGUCAGCGGCGUGCUUUGCACCUCAAAAGGAUUUUCAACGCAUGGUCCUUGAUACCCUGCUGGAAAUCUCAUUCGGACGGGGCUUUCCCAAAGACGGGAUCUCAUCGCAAAUCGAGCUUCUCCAGGACGCCGAAGCCUGUGGCAGGGCGAGAGUGAGCAGUCAGCCGCAGAUCAUCGCAUUCCCUGAAUCAGAUCCUCACGAGUUCAUCCGUGCACACGGAGUGCUCAGUGAAGCCAUUGAAAAGAGCGGGACAUCGCUCUUUCCACGACAGUCAUGGUGGUUGAUGUCCAAGCUACCCCAACUGGCUCACGCCCUCCGGGUCAAACGCCGGGUCACGCGGGAAUGGCUCGAGACUGCGGUCUCCAGCACCGUCGGUGCACCCACGGACUCGACAUCAGAGCUUCCCGACCGACCUCAAUCGUCGGUUGAGUUCAUGAUUCGGCACGAGAGAGACCUGGCGAAACAAGAAUCCCGGAAACCGGAUUACCUGUCCCCGGCGAUGGAAGAUGAGCUCUACGGAUCCAUCUUCGGCGCCUCGCAUAGCACCGUGUUUACCCUAGCCUGGGGAGUCAAGCUUCUAUCAGAUCACCCGCAUGUGCAGAGCCAGCUCCGCGAAUGCCUGCGCGCGGCCUUUCCCGAAGCCCUAACGGCAGGACGCCCGCCCAGCGCCCUGGAAUUGGCCACCCGAACCAUCCCCUAUCUCUACGCAACCGUCGAGGAGAUGCUGCGGUUUACCCCGACCGCGUUCAUGAUCGACCGCAUCGCCACCCGGGACACCGAGCUCCUGGGCUACGCCAUUCCCAAGGGCACCUGCGUCUGGGCCCUGAGCAGCGGGCCCGGAUUCACGUCACCGGCGUGGCUGGUCCCCAGCGACAAGCGUAGUAGCGCUGUGUCUCGGACGGCGAUGCCGACGCCCGCCGCAAAGCCAGAUCACGCCCGGCAGUCUCCCAGUCACGAGUGGGCUGGCGACGAUCUCGAUCGAUUCGUUCCGGAGCGAUGGCUGGUGGCUCCCUCCGGGGCCGACGGCCCAUCGACCUUCGAUCCGAACGCGGGCCCAACCCUGGCCUUCGGGGCCGGACUCCGGGGCUGCUUUGGGCGUCCGUUGGCCCAGCUGCAGCUGCGCAUGACGUUCGCGCUGCUGGUGUGGCAUUUCGAGCUGAGACCGUGUCCCGCGGCUCUGGCAACGUACGCGGCGGUCGAUGGGCUCUUUCGGCAGCCAAAACACUGCUUCGUUGCUUUGGGGGAGCCGCUGGUCAGUAGUUAG